AUGGCUUCCCGUCAAUUCGUUAGAUCCCUUGCUACUGCUGCUUCCUCCGUCAAGCCUCCUGUCCAACUUUUCGGCUUAGAUGGUACCUACGCAACUGCAUUAUACACUGCAGCUGCAAAGGAUUCCUCCAUUGACCAAGUUUACCAAUCUGUUGAGAAGUUAAACAAGGCUAUCGAAGGUGAUGCCAAGCUUGCAAACAUCUUAGCAAACCCAGCUUUAUCUGCAGGUUCCAGAGCCGAAGUUAUUUCUACCGUCUCUUCAACUCUAAGAUUAGAUAAGUCUGUUACCAACUUGUUGACCAUUUUAUCUGAAAACAACAGAUUGGGAUUAUUCCAAGCUAUUGCAAAGCAAUUUUCCGUUUUGAAUGCUGCACACAAUGGUGUCGUUGAAGCUACUGUUGUCUCUGCUAAGCCAUUGGACAACAAGACUAUCCAAAGACUACAAAAAGCAAUUGCAGGUUCUAAAUUCGUUGGUGCUGGUAAGAGCUUAAAGAUCUACAACGAAGUUAAGCCAGAGAUUUUGGGCGGCUUAAUUGUCGAAGUUGGUGACAACUCCGUCGAUUUAUCUGUCUCUGCAAAAGUCUCCAAGUUAAACAAGGUCUUAACCGAAUCCAUCUAA